GGCUACUUUUUGCGUUACAAAAAGAAAAGUUUAAAUUGAAACCUAUAUAUGUCAAUAUCGUAGAACAUCCCAUCUUAUGGAGUAUUCAACCGUACUGCUAUGUCUUUUUUUCUUUCUUUGCAUCCCCUGGAUAGGUUUUUUCGCUCAUAUCCUUUCUAAUCUGUUUACUAUAAGGGUGUUAACAAAACAGAAGAAGCGUAUACUUCUUUAUCCAGAAAUUGACUCCAGUUAUUGACGAAACAACAAAAUAAUGGGACACCGUGUUUCUAAGCAACAGCAACAACAUAAUAAUAACAGCAGUAACAGCAAUCAUAACAACAAGAAAGAAAAAAGACAGUCCAUUGGACGAAGAAAAUUGAUAGGC